CGUGUGCUCCAGUGUUUACGGUGCUACAGCUUCAUGCUCGCAGUCAGAGCUUCGUGUUUGUCUCUGCUCAGAAAGUCAGAAGCUCGUCUCAAAAUGACUCAACUCAAGUUUAUCGAUAUCGCUGUGAACUUGACCGACCCCAUGUUCAGAGGAAACUACAGAGGGAAGCAGAAACACCACGAUGACUUUGAUCAGAUCAUCGACAGAGCUCUGAAAACUGGAGUGGAGAAGUUUAUGAUCACAGGAGGAAGCCUCGACGACAGCAGGGAGGCUCUGAAAUUAGCCCAGACCAGAGACGAGUUCUGCUGCACGGUCGGCUGCCAUCCGACCCGCUGCGGCGAGUUUGAGCAGAACGGAGAGUCUGAGUACUUCUCUGCACUGAAGGAGGUGGCGGCGCAGCACAGAGGGAAGGUGGUGGCCAUCGGAGAGUGUGGACUGGAUUUUGACAGACUCGAGUUUUGCCCGAAAGACACUCAGCUGAAAUACUUUGAGAAGCAGUUUGACCUGGCGGAGGAGACCAUGCUGCCCAUGUUCCUCCACUGCAGGAACUCCCAUCUGGACUUCAUUGAAAUCAUGAAGAGAAAUCGAGACAGAUGUGUCGGAGGAGUGGUUCACUCGUUUGACGGGACGGCAGAGGACGCCGCCGCCCUCAUCGAUCUCGACCUCUACAUCGGCAUAAACGGCUGUUCUUUGAAAACAGAAGCCAACAUUGAAGCCAUGAAGUCCAUUCCCAGUGAGCGGCUCAUGAUAGAAACAGACGCUCCGUGGUGCGGCGUGAAAAACACUCACGCAGGCUCCAAAUACGUUCAAACUACGUUUCCCACAAAGAAGAAAUGGGAGGCGGGGCAUUGUCUGAAGGACAGGAAUGAGCCGUGUCACAUCGUACAAGUGUUGGAGGUGAUAGCCGCGGCGAGGGAGGAGGAGCCACUGGAGCUGGCUAACAUGAUCUACAACAACACCAUCAAAGUCUUCUUUGGCUCCAGCUGACGGUUAAAAAUGACUGAUCUCACCAUCCCAGACACUUUGAAGUAAUCACCAAGUCGUCCAGCAGAGGGCGAUGAAGACCUUAAUGAUGUGUGUGUGUGUGUGUAAACUCUUUGUCCUUUAAAAUAAAGUAUUACAUUUCA